GAUAAACCUCCGUUUAUCCUCCGUCACUCCCUCCUCUGCUUCUCUCUCCUCCUCAACCGAAACCGAUAAACCUUAUUUUUCCAGCAGAUGAUCUCUCCGAGAACCAGUUCCUAGCCAGACUCUCCGAUCAAUGGUCAGAUAUCGCGAUCAGCCUCCCGCAAGAAUCCGUCCAUCAACCUCGGGGCAGCAAAAUUAGGACAUCAUCUGUUAUUGAUCACUGAUCAGACUCCAAGAAGAAGAAGAUGAAGAACACCCAAGUGCCGGAGUGCGUCGAGUGCCACACCACGAAGACACCGAUGUGGAGAGGCGGGCCUGCCGGGCCUCGGUCACUGUGCAAUGCGUGCGGGAUCAAAUACAGGAAGAGGAACCGGGGAUUGCUCGGCUCGGAGAAUCGGGUAUCGAAGAAGACGUCCGAGGAUAGUAACAGUAGCAGCAGUAACAGCAGAGGGAAACAGAGGUGGAAGCUGAGGGAGGAAGAGGAAGCUGCUAUACUCUUGAUGGCUCUGUCCUGUGGCUCUGUUUCUGCAUAAAAAGAUUACCGAUGAUGAAGCAAUCUCCAAUACUUCUGGGUUCAUUUUGGUGAUCCUUUUUUUGGCUCGGAAUUCGAUGGAAUCAAAUCGAAUGAUGAAGCUGUAAAUGAAGGAACUGAAGAUCAAUGAAAGAAUGUUCUUCAGAAAAUUGAAAACAGGAACUUUUCUCUAUUUCUUUUAUUUUUCUUUCUAUGUUGUUGGGUUUCUUGUCUUGUCAGUUCUCGUGUUGAUACUCUAACGAGUAUAAAUUUAUUUUGGUCCAUCUUUCCAUUUAUUAUUAUCCCUUAAAUGAGUGGAAUUGUUUUUACUUUUUUCUUCGA